AUGACUGUUUCACACUAUUCUGGUCUUUAUGCUUUUUCCAAAGCUUUAAUUCAUGAUUUAUUACCAGCUGAUGUACCACGAGUCAUUGUGAUUGAUUCCGAUGUUAUUUUUGUUGAUGAUGUAUAUUCCAUUUGGGAACAAUUUCGUUUAUUUAAAAGAAAUCAAACUGUAUUAGGUUUAGUCAAAUGGAAUCCAUCUCUACCAACUGAUUACAAAUACAAUGGAUCAAAUCCGGAUCCAUUUCUCACUGGUAUUGUCUUAUUAGAUUUAAAUAUUUGCCGACAAAUUGGUUUUACAGAAUUAUUAGACGAAGCUAUCGAUUUUGCAUAUAUCCAUCUAGGUCUGAGAUCAUUAUGGACUGCAGAUCAAGUUGCAUUGAGUCUAUUUGCUACUUAUUUUCCACAUAAUUUUGUUGCUUUACCAUGUUUUGUAAAUGGACACACAUUUCAUUAUAUAAGUAAUGGAUUGGCAUGGAAAUCGAUUUGCAAUGGAGAAUAUCCUCGUACUCUUCAUGUUGUGCCUUCAGAUGCACUGUUAAAUAAAUCAAAUUAUUUCGGAUAUUGGUAUGCAGCUUUUAAUGAUAUGCCUCUCGAAUGGCUGUCUUACUGCAAUAUAAAACAACGUUAA